AUGCGACGCAUUUUAGAAGCCGAAGCCGAGGAACGAGCCAAAAACGCUUCCUCCCUCCAACAAACCGGGGAAACAGGGGAAACUAGAGAAUCUCCCAAACCGGAGGAGUCGACCAAAGCGAGCGAAACGGCGGAGGGGAGCGAAACGCUGUCGAUCUCCGCGGGGAUGAACUAUAAAGAUGUGUGGAUGAAGAGCAACCGCGCAGCUGUUGAAAGGGAACUCGGCGUUUAUGCAGUAGGCGCAGAGGGAGAGAGAGUUGACCGUAGUUUGUUCCAAUUCGCGACGAUCGAAGAGGUAAACGCGCUGACGCUGCUGGAUUUGGUGGUGGUGAGCGACUUGUCGAAGGCGUGGAGCGAGUUGGGGCAGCUGGCGAACAGCACGCAUCACGCCGUGCGAUCGUUUAACCUCACGGUGGCGAAUGAUCGGCGCAAUAUUCGCUUCCCGUGCUUGCUUACGAUGGGAAAUGUGAUGGAUAUGAACGGGUACUACUGCCAGAUCGCUGUUACCUUCACGCCGUUGCAGCUGGUUGGAGCGUCUGGGAUGGAGGAAUGUGAUGCUAUUGGUGGACAUUGUGCAGGGUUGGAAAAGCUUGUUUGA